AUGGCCGUUCUCAGGCCAAUGGCAACACCGACGACGAGGUGUCUGCUCGCCCAGCCCUCGACCGCGACAGCCACCGCCGCUACCCGCGCAACAUUCAGCACAACGGCGACGGCCUCGCGCCAGACGCCCACGCAUCUCAAGGUGCCAUUUGAGCGCGUGCCCGACUAUCCCUACGGGCCCUUUCGGUGGUACAAGCAGCGCAACUCGGGACUAUACGGCACCUCCAAGAUUCGCUUUGGCAAUACCGUGUCGGAAGAGCACAACAUCAAGCAGCCAACAUCAUGGCGGCCGAACCGGCACACCAAGCGCCUCUGGUCCCCGAGUCUCAACAUGUUCAUCCGCACCCGCCUGACCGCCCACGUUCUCCGCACCAUUGACCGUCUCGGCGGUAUUGACGAGUACCUGCUCGGCACCAAGCAGCGCCGCAUCAAGGAGCUCGGCCCCGCCGGUUGGAGGCUGCGCUGGAAGGUCAUGCAGAGCGCCCCCGUCCAGGAGGAAUGGGCGAGGCAGCGUGAGGCCAUGGGUCUACCACCCAAGGGAUCCGCAGAAGCCCAGGAUGCCGAGGCAGCACCCAGCCCGGAAGAGAUUGCCGAGCUUGAUGCCAUGCUGGAGCGAGGAGACGAAUUCGUUAUUGGCGAGGAGCUUGUCGAGGAGAAGUUCAUGGCCGAGGAGCCAGUCAGCAAAGUCACCGAGGCAAGGAAUACGCCCCAAUAG